GAGCUGGAUCAGCUGCCUGGAACCUCUGCUGAAUUUUACAGAGAUUGGCGCCGAUGCUUAAAAAGCGGAAAAGAAAAAUACCAGUUUUUGCUUGAGCUCGGAGGGAAGGCCUUGGGCACAAUGUUCCAGGCUGACUUGGGCUUUGGCCUCCUGGGUGAAUUCCUUACGGUGCUGGCAGAGAACGUCUGUUGUGAGGACAGAGAUGCCGUCCUUCAGAUCUUACAGAGCCUUUCGCGCCCCAGCCGCUUUGGGUUAAAUGUGGAUCUUCUGAGCGAGUCGGAGAAGGAGAGCAGCAGGGAUUUGUUUAGGAAGUUGUGGGGCAUGAGCAGGGAUUAUUGGACCACUGGGCAUCCCAGCAGCCCAGCCGGCUGUGAAGCAGAGGGGGAAGCCCACGUCAUGGACACCAGCCUGCAGAAGCAAGCUGAGGAGGAAAGGAUGGUGAUGGAGCUGAUGAAAUGUUACCAGGUCAACUGA